AUACAAAACUGAAACCAAAAGCUCUUUCCUAUAGCAUUUUCAAAAUGGUCCGAGUUUGUAUUCCUGCUUUUCACUUCCGAAUAGCGUGAGUCGCCUGUCUGAACCAUGAGAAAAUCUCAAACCCAAGCCACCACUCUCAUUGCUUACUAUUCUUCUCUCGGUUUCCUUAAACCCUAAUUCUUAUCAGGCAAUGUGUCAAAGGGGUUUAAGGAUUUUGCUCUCUAACUCACUUCCAAUGACAACCCACUUCUUUGCUUCUAAACCUUUCAAAAUUUCAACCAUCAGUAGAUUCAUCUGCACCUCUUCUUCCGAGGAUAAUCUCCACGGUUUGGUCGAUUCCGAUUUCAGUGUCCCCGAAAGUUCGCGGGUGGAAUCCUUUUUGGCCGAGGAGUUUGCAUUCUUGCGGGAUUCUUUGUUGGAAACUGGUUCUGACACUGGCGAUUCAGUGAAUAAAUCGGUGUCUGGUAGGUGUUCUAAUGAUGCGGUUUUGAUUUUGGAUGCUAUUAGGAAUACUGGUGAUGGGUUUGGGCACAAAACCCAGAAGUUUCUUAGGCAAUUUAGGGAGAAAUUGAAUGAAACUUUGGUGGUUGAUGUGUUGAGUCUUGUGAAAAACCCUGAAUUGGGUGUUAAAUUCUUUAUCUGGGCAGGUAGGCAGAUUGGGUAUGGUCACACGGGGCCUGUUUAUCAUGCCUUAUUGGAGGUAUUGGGUUGUGGGGGCAAUGAUAGAGUACCGGAACAAUUUCUCCGAGAAAUUAGAGAUGAUGAUAAGGAAAUACUUGGGAAGUUGCUUAAUGUUUUGAUUCGGAGGUGUUGCCGAAAUGGACUGUGGAAUGUGGCACUGGAGGAGUUAGGGAGGCUUAAGGACUUAGGAUACAAGCCCUCAAGAUUGACUUAUAAUGCUUUGGUUAGAGUGUUUCUAGAGGCAGAUAGGUUGGACACAGCUUAUUUGGUUCAUAGAGAAAUGUCUGAUUCUGGUUUUAAUAUGGAUGGGUAUACACUGGGUUGCUUUGUGCAUUUGCUGUGCAAAGCAGGGAGGUGGAGGGAGGCGCUUGCACUGAUUGAGAAGGAAGAAUUUAAACUUGAUACAGUGAUUUAUACACAGAUGAUAUCUGGGUUGUGUGAAGCUUCGCUUUUUGAAGAAGCUAUGGAUUUCCUGAGUAGGAUGCGGUCUAGUUCUUGCAUUCCUAAUGUUGUCACUUAUAGGAUUUUGCUUUGUGGGUGUUUGAGAAAAAGACAGCUCGGUAGGUGUAAGAGGAUUCUUAGUAUGAUGAUUACAGAAGGUUGUUAUCCAAGUCGUAGAAUUUUUAAUUCUCUUGUUCAUGCCUAUUGCAGAUCAGGAGACUACUCUUAUGCCUAUAAGUUGCUCAAGAAAAUGGGAGAUUGUGGCUGCCAGCCAGGUUAUGUGGUUUAUAAUAUACUAAUUGGUGGUAUUUGUGGCAAUGAGAAGUUACCUAGCUUGGAUGUGUUAGAAUUGGCUGAAAAAGCUUAUGGUGAAAUGCUUGAUGCUCACGUUGUAUUAAACAAGGUCAAUGUCAGCAAUUUGGCACGGUGUCUCUGUGGGGCUGGAAAGUUUGAGAAAGCAUAUAGCAUUAUUCGUGAAAUGAUGAGUAAGGGUUUCAUACCUGACACCAGCACAUACUCAAAAGUGAUUGGUUUACUUUGUAAUGCGUCCAAGGUAGACAACGCUUUCCUAUUGUUUGAAGAAAUGAAAAGUAAUCAUGUUGUUCCAGAUGUCUUUACAUAUACAAUUUUAAUUGAUAGCUUUUGUAAAGUGGGCCUCAUUCAACAGGCUCGUAAAUGGUUUGAUGAAAUGGUAAGGGAUGGUUGUGCCCCUAAUGUGGUGACUUAUACUGCCCUUAUACAUGCUUACCUUAAGGCAAGGAAGAUGUCCAGUGCAAAUGACCUCUUUGAGAUGAUGCUAUCUGAAGGUUGCAUUCCAAAUGUUAUCACGUAUACUGCCCUGAUUGAUGGUCACUGUAAAUCUGGGCAAAUUGAAAAAGCUUGCCAGAUUUAUGCAAGAAUGAGGGGAAAUGCAGAUAUUCCGGAUGUGGACAUGUACUUCAAGAUUGAUGAUGGCAACAUCAGAGAUCCAAACAUUUUUACUUAUGGAGCUCUGGUGGAUGGUUUGUGCAAAGCACACAAAGUUAAAGAAGCACGUGAUUUAUUGGAUGUUAUGUCAGUGGAAGGUUGUGAGCCAAAUCAUAUUGUUUAUGAUGCUCUUAUCGAUGGAUUUUGCAAGGUUGGAAAAUUAGAUGAAGCACAAAUGGUUUUUACCAAGAUGUCAGAACGUGGGUAUGGUCCAAAUGUGUAUACUUAUAGCUCUCUUAUUGAUCGGUUGUUUAAAGAUAAACGGUUGGAUCUCGCUUUAAAAGUCUUGUCCAGAAUGCUAGAAAAUUCUUGUGCUCCCAAUGUUAUUAUCUAUACGGAGAUGAUUGAUGGCCUCUGUAAAGUUGGGAAGACAGAUGAGGCUUAUAGGCUUAUGUCGAUGAUGGAAGAAAAGGGGUGUCAUCCAAAUGUUGUGACUUAUACUGCAAUGAUAGAUGGAUUUGGAAAGGCCGGUAAAGUUGACAAAUGUCUUGAGCUCAUGAGACAAAUGGGUGCCAAGGGUUGUGCUCCAAAUUUUGUCACCUACAGGGUUUUGAUAAACCAUUGUUGUGCUGCUGGCCUUUUGGAUGAUGCUCACCAACUUUUGGAUGAGAUGAAACAGACAUAUUGGCCUAAACAUAUGGCAGGCUAUCGUAAGGUCAUUGAAGGUUUCAACAGAGAGUUCAUAAUCUCUCUUGGCCUUCUAGAUGAGAUAGCUGAGAAUGUUGCAGUGCCAAUAAUUCCAGCCUAUAGAAUUCUGAUUGAUAGCUUCUGCAAGGCGGGGAGGCUGGAAUUGGCUCUAGAGCUGCAUAAAGAGAUGUCGUCAUGUACAUCUUAUUCAGCUGCAGACAAGGAUUUGUACUCUUCUUUAAUUGAGAGCCUCUCCCUUGCAAGUAAGGUUGAUAAGGCUUUUGAGUUGUAUGCUGACAUGAUAAAGAGGGGUGGUAUUCCAGAGCUAAGCAUUUUUUUCUACCUCGUGAAGGGGCUCAUUAGAAUUAACAGGUGGGAAGAGGCACUUCAACUUUCAGAUUGCAUAUGUCAAAUGGAUAUCCAUUGGCUUCAAGUUGAAGAGACAUCUCUCAAGGGAGAGGAGUUUGGUAAAGUUCCUGUCCCUUGAAUGAGUAUGUUGGUUGAGAAUCCUCUGUGCACCCAUUUGAAAACAUCAACUGAUGAUUAACAACUCUGUGAGUUGUAAAGUGAGAGUCUAAUCACUGGACGGCUUUGAAUCACCGUCUGGAAAGACUACAAACCAAGAAAAACUACAGCCAGUGGAUUGCUGGAUUGAAGAAAUGAAACUUUGUGAUUUGAUCACACAAUAUAAAUACUGGUGGGUGCAGCUAGAAUCCUGGAAUUGUUUUUCUAUUGGGGCAUGCUGAUGUUGCAAUUAGGAGCAUCUCACAAAUCCAAGCAAUGAAAUCCACAAUUUUUUGUGAAUACGGUCAUUGAGAUGUUUAAAAUAAAGGUUGGGGCCUAAGCAUGUAAGCAAGAGACACCAUUUGAAUUAGCAAGGACCAGAUUCUCAUCCUUCUGCUCAGUAACUCUAGACAGCAAGACUUAUCUGCCUUAUGGUUCCCUUUAUUAGCAAGGAAUUCAGCACAGAACUUUUACUCCCUUAACUCAUAUUAAACCUAUUCCUGAAGGUGUAUCUCUAUGCAAUUGAGGAUGAGGUACUCUUUAUGAGUGAUGAUAUCCCAUCUCUGGAGUAUUGACUGCAGUCCCAGUAUCUGUCUCACUGAUGGAAUUCUUAUGCCUCUGCUCCAAGCAAAAAGAAGAGUUGAUGAGUAGUGUCAAUUUCUGUCACUCUGAUUGUGCAAAAGCAAUUGUCAAAUGAUUCCACCAGCCCCACUCUUCAGUGGGCUCCCAGCCGAAUUUCCUGCUCUAUUAAGGUUAACUCCAUCUAAGCAGAGGACUGGGUCAGCCUAUAAAUCUUGGUUUUUGAUAUGCAAUCCUGCAGCUGGGUGGUUGGAAGAUUUGAUAAAGCUCUAGGUUGGGAUGCUUCUCAAUAUUUCCUGCACCAAGAUGGUUGACUUUGUAAGAGAAGGAUUACUUGGUAGCAGCCAUGAUUAUGAGUUCCUAAACUGGCAAGACUUCUUCAAUGCUAUUAUUCUGAUUGCUAUAUUCCUUUUUAUUUUUUAUUUCUGUGCCCCAUGAUAAUGCUUUCCCAUCUGUGCAGCCUCCAAUCCUACAGAAAAUGGUCGAUAUAUGAAUUCCACAUCUGAGGGUUUGCCAAAUAAUGGACAUGAGUGUGGUCAAGAAUGGCAUGCUGCCUAAAACUGUUUUGAUAAUGGCUAUAAAGCUUCCUCCCUUGAAAGGUAAAUCAUACAAAAGAUUCCCGGAUGACCAUGGCUUCAAGGUUUCCAGUGACAAGACAAGGAAGAAAUGUUGUUUUUCUGGGUAUCAGGCCUUACCUCAGGACUUUGUGCUCGACCACUUGGGCUUCAUACUACCUAUGGGGUCAGUCUGCAGCAACUGGGCAUGCAGUAGCAGAACAGAAAUUGGAAAUAGCAGGAACGAGGCCAGUGACAACAAAGGCAAAGAUAACAAAGUAAGCUCUCGCUCACAUAAAACUUAAAACCAUGCAACUGUAAUGAAGAUGGCUCUUUGGGGUAAAGCAUAUGGAAACCAUCAGUAUAAAAAGCAGCAGCAUUGGAUGUUCUAACUUGUGAGAAUUAUUUGUUGGAAUAAGCAUAUGGGUUACUGUCAAAAGAUUAUCAUGCAUGCAACUGAGUUGAAAAGACAUGUCUACACAAUGCGGGAAUUGGAUGAAUAAAAUGGGAAUUUGGUGAAUUUUCAUUGAGCUUGUAGUUUAUAAUGAAUUCACCUGGGUGUUAGGGAAUUAA